AUGCCCUCACCUCAAAAUGUGCGCCGGUUGGUGCUAACUGCUGCUGUGACCUCAAUCACAAUAGCAGGCAGCUUGUACGGAGCGGGAAUAAAGACCCAGGAGGAGAUUUCGGAGAAUACCAAAAAGCGUCAGGAAGCAACAUUUGAUGAGCAAAUGGGCGCUCUUCAAGGCAUGCGCUCAAACUUGAUGGCCCGAAAAGGAAUAUUACAAACCCAAAUUCAAGAGCUGGAUACGAGGAUUCAAGAAAGGAAAGAAAAAAGUGCGGCCUCUAGUGACAAAGAGAGACCACAAGAUGGUCGGUAA